AUGGCGUCGCCGAGUUUUGUGUUGCUGCUGCUGCUCGGACCCGCGCUGGCGGCCGGCCACGGCGGCAAGUAUUCGCGGGAGAAGAACGAGCCUCAGAAGCGCGAGCCGGAGGGGUUCCGGAUGGAGAAGCUGAACCAGCUAUGGGAGAAGGCCCAGAGGCUGCACCUGUCCCCCGUGCGGCUAGCCGAGCUCCACGCCGACCUGAAGCUGCAGGACCGGGACGAGCUCAACUGGAAGAAACUGAAGCUCGAAGGGCUGGACGAGGACGGCGAGAAGGAGGCCCGGCUUAUCCGCAGUCUCAACGUUAUCUUGGCCAAAUAUGGGCUGGACGGCAGGAAGGACACCCAGCUGGUUGACACCAACUUCCUCCGGGACGGCGCCGAGGACGAGGGCCUGCAGGACCCGCGGCUGGAGAAGCUAUGGCACAAGGCAAAGACUUCCGGAAAGUUCUCCAAUGAAGAGUUGGAGAAGCUGCGGCGGGAACUGAAACAUCACAGAGAGAAAGUCCACGAGUACAACGUGCUGCUGGAGACCCUGAGCCGGACCGAAGAAAUCCACAAAAACGUCAUCAGUCCCUCAGACAUGACUCACCUCAAGGAGGAGGUCCUGCAGAGCCGCCAUGCCGAGCUGAAGGACAAGCUGCGCGCCAUCAACCAGGGCUUUGACCGUCUGCGGAAGGUCAGCCACCAGGGCUACGGCACCGAGAGUGAGUUUGAAGAGCCCCGAGUGAUCGAACUCUGGGACAUGGCCAAGUCUGCAAACUUCACUGACAAGGAGCUGGAGGCCUUCCGGGAGGAACUGAAGCACUUCGAGGCCAAGGUGGACAAGCAGCAGCACUACCAGCAGCAGCUGCGGCUCUCCCACCAGAAGCUGCGGCACGUGGAACGCGAGGGCGACCCCGAGCACCUGAGCCGCAGCCGCCAGAAGUACGCGCUGCUGGAGGAGAAGGCCAAGGAGCUGGGCUACAAGGUAAAGAAGCACCUUCAGGACCUGACUGGCAGGGUCUCCAGAGGCCGCCACAAUGAGCUCUGA